UCUAGGGGGAGAUCUUUGCAUACAGUUGAACACAGUUCAUUUUUUCCUGCUUGUUAAUCACUUGCAACAGUGUGAUAUACUGUAAAUCCUUAUACAGUCUGUCCCUACAACAGCUUAUUCAAAUAAUAUGAUUUAUAUAUAUAUACCAUAUAAUGAUAGGGGCAGCUAUAAGUGUAGUUAAAUUAACUCAUGAACCAUUCCUCUUCUUCUCUGGUUUCUCAGAGGCUUACUGGUUGCGUGGAAAUCCCUCCAUGAGAGCAGGGCUGAAGCCUCACUCCGGGAUUACAGCUUGAGGAAGAUUUACUGACACAUGUUGCACACUUCCUCUCUGCAAACCUUCUCACUGUGCAAGAGAGAAAUAUAUAAAAAAGACUCUAUGGCUGGAUCCCUGGGCACAGGACGAUGAGGACUGAAGCUUCAGAAUGGGAAUAUUGUUCCCUGAUCCUUUGUGGGAGGAUUUUACCUGGUAGAUAUGCUGAGACUUUAGAAGCUGCAUCAAAGACGCUGUCCUGAGAACUCCCUUUUUCUGAAGAGCCCAGCAGAAUGAGGAGGAAGAUGGGUUCAUGUGGAGUGAAUGGGACUGGAUAGUUGGACUCAAAUCUACGCUUCAGGGAUGAACAUCAACCCAGGAAUGGCCCCUCUGUCUCCAGGACUGAGUGGCAGCUCUCCGCUGUCCUCCAUGUCACCCAAGAAGACCACCCUCCAGUCCCUGGGAUCUCUGUCAUCAGGGAUGUUCUCCCCCUCGCUGGCUAGGGCCUCCUGCCAUCAGGGGAAAGAGGCCUCGAGCCACUUGAACUCCCCCAGCCCAUCCAUCAUGAGCUCACCAAAACUCUGGCAGAAAGCGUCCAUAUCUAGAUUGGCAGAGGAGUUCUUCUGGAUCGGGGGCAGCAUGGUUGCACAGCCUAAAUGGAGGCUGGGUCAAAUAGUGGAGAGGUGUAUGUGCACCAUGCAGACUGGCACUCAGAUGACCAAACUGAAGGGGAAGAAGAAAGGUCUGGUCCGCUUCUUCUACCUGGACGAGCACAAGUCCUGCAUCCGAUGGCGGCCGUCCAGGAAACACGACAAGGCCAAAAUAACUAUUGAUUCAAUCCAUGAAGUCUGUGAGGGAAAAAAAUCAGAGAUCUUCCGGAGGUACGCGGACAACCGUUUCGACCCAAACUGCUGCUACAGUAUUUACUAUGGGGAGCGAGUGAAGUCCCUGGACCUGGUCUCAAACAGCGCAGAGGAGGCCCGCACCUGGAUCUCUGGGCUGAAAUACCUCAUGGCUGGGAUCAGUGACGAAGACAGUCUGGCCCGGCGGCAACGAACCCGUGAUCAGUGGCUACAGCAGACUUUCUCUGAGGCCGACAAAAACGGAGACGGCACCCUGAGCAUCGGAGAAGUUCACCAGCUGCUCCACAAACUCAAUGUGAAUUUACCCAAACAGAAAGUUAAAGAGAUGUUUCAAGAGGCAGACACAGACGACAACCAAGGCUCUCUGGGCUUUGAAGAAUUCUGUUUGUUCUACAAGAUGAUUUCCACACGCAGAGACCUCUAUCUGAUAAUGAUCUCCUACAGCAACCAGAAAGAAGUCAUGGAUCUCCACGACCUUGCACGUUUCCUGGAAAAUGAACAAAAGAUGCGCGGUCUGGCCAGAGAGUAUCUAGUUGACAUAGUGGCAAAGUUUGAGCCAUGUCCUGAGAACCUGCAGCGGACGGUACUGGGUAUCGAUGGUUUCACCAACUACAUGCGGAGUCCCUUAGGGGACAUCUUCAACCCCGAGCACAAUCAGGUGAACCAGGACAUGACACAGCCUCUGUGUAACUACUUCAUUUCCACAUCACACAACACCUACCUGACAGGUGACCAGCUACUGUCUCAGUCCAGGGUGGAAAUGUAUGCCUACGUUCUCCAGGCAGGCUGUCGCUGUGUGGAGGUGGACUGCUGGGAUGGACCCGAUGGAGAGCCCAUUAUCCACCAUGGUUACACCUUGACAUCAAAAAUCCUCUUCAAAGAGGUUAUCGAAACGAUUGACAAAUAUGCCUUCACAAAAUCACAGUACCCAGUGAUCUUGUCCAUAGAGAACCACUGCACUGUGCCUCAGCAGAAAAAGAUGGCUGAGUACCUGAGAGAAGUGCUUCAGGACAAACUGGACCUGUCCACAGUCAACGUGCAUGACUGCAAGAAGCUGCCCUCCCCUGAGAUACUGAAAGGAAAAGUUCUCGUCAAGGGGAAAAAGCUGGCGGCAAACCUCGACCCCGAUGCGGAAGAAGGUGAUGUGUCUGAUGAAGACACUGGUGAUGAUGAUGAAGAGGAUGAAGAUGAGGAUGACCCACAGGAUGACAAUAGUGUUACUUCUAAAGAUCAACAUAAGAAGAAGAGACGAUUUGGCAGAUCGAUUAUGAGGAGCUUCAAACGAAAGAGGAAAAAGGGAAUUCGAGUGAAAAACAAGUCAAUGUCUGAGGGAGAAUCAGACAGCAGCAGGGAAAGGACCCAAAUAGUUUACCACCCAAAGAAGAGGAAAACAAUGAGGCUGUCUCGAGCUCUGUCCGACCUGGUCAAAUACACGAAAUCUGUUCGUGUCCACGACAUAGAAACACAAGCGUUUUUGAACAGUUGGCAGGUAUCGUCCCUCAAUGAGACUGUGAUGAACCAGAUCUUACAGCUGAAGCCAGGUGAGCUGGUGCGUUUCAACCAGCGCCAGCUCCUCAGAGUCUACCCAUCCAACUACAGAGUGGACUCCAGCAACUUCAACCCUCAACCAUACUGGAAUACAGGAUGCCAUAUGGUUGCGAUGAACUAUCAAACAGAGGGACGCAUGCUCGAACUGAACCGAGCCAAGUUCUCAACCAAUGGAAACUGUGGUUAUAUUCUGAAGCCUAAGUGCAUGCACAAAGCUGCCUUCAACCCCAUGUUGGAGGAUCCUCUGCCGGGACGCAGAAAGACACAGCUAGUGCUCAAGAUCAUCAGUGGACAGCAACUUCCCAAACCUAAAGACUCUAUGUUUGGGGACAGAGGAGAGAUUAUUGAUCCCUUUGUAGAGGUUGAGAUCAUCGGUCUAAAUAAUGAUUGUUCCAAGCAGCAGACCAGGGUCGUGGAUGAUAACGGUUUCAACCCGAUGUGGGAGGAGACCCUCGUCUUCAAUAUUCAGAUGCCACAGAUCGCACUGGUGCGUUUCCAGGUGUGGGAUCAUGAUCCCAUUGGGCAAAAUUUCAUUGGACAGAGGACUGUGGCUUUCACCAGUAUGAUGCCAGGUUAUCGGCAUGUGUACCUUGAGGGGAUGUCAGAGGCAUCCAUUUUUGUUCAUGUUGCAAUCUAUGAUAUAUCAGGAAAGAACAAACCCUCUCAUGCAGUGCAAGCUGCCAGAAAACACAUCAAGAAAGCAGCUCAGAAGCACAUGAAGGGUCCUCCACGGCAGACGUCUCUGGACUUCUCCGUCCAGUCCUCGGAAGAUGGACGUGCUCUCUAUUUCCGCAAGGAUCUGGAUACAAUCUCUCAGGACAGCAGGAACGGGGAUCUAUCCUUUCUGUCUCAAGGGCCAGCCGCCAAGGGUGCCAUCCACAAAGGGGCCAUGAGCGAGCCAGUGAGGCGAGCUCACAGAGUUAAAAUUCAUGAACCAGCCGAGACAAGGAGAGGAAUCUUCAGCCGGAUGUCCUCCAUUGACUCCCACCACAUGGGGGCUGCUCCCUGUGUGAUAGCCGAGAGCUUUGACCUUGAGACCUCUUCCCAGGCUUCGUGUCCAGACGGUCCUGCUCCCAACAGCCAAAAUCCAAUUCAAGAAGAAGCAGAGAAUGAACUUCAUGAACCACCAGAGUCAAGCUGUGCAGAGCAGGAGACUGUUCACACAUUAGAACAAGAGGAGCCUAGACAAUCGGACAAAUUACCAUUAAAACCAGAAACUGGUAUAGAACCUGAAAAACCACCAGAAACUCAGAGUUUGACUGAUUCACUCCCUCAUCAUCGGCCUGUGCCACAGCCUCUUUCCCAGCCUGAAGCCAAAUCUACUCCUGUUAUCCCUCCAUCUUCUCCUGCCAGGGUAAGACGGACCCUGGAGGCUCCAGCCACCCCCCGGCCAUUUAACCUGACACGGACAAAGGCCCGCUCACGUAGUUGCCCUCGAAAACCAACUACCUCCCCUCACAUGGUGAACCAGCAACCUGCUCUCCAAUGGCAGACCCAUCAAGCACCAAAAUAUGGCAGCUACAGUAACCGUGUGAAACAGGUACCCAAUGGUCUCUGCCUGUCGGACAGCACAUCAGGUGGCAGCAGCGGUGGCAGCACAGACAGCCUGGAGUUUGUGCCCUCCUGUGUGCCAGCUGACACAGGGCAGCGUGAAGGGACUCUGCAGAGGGAGAUGAGGAACCUGUUUGACCAAAAGAUUCGAGAAAUCCACUGUAAAUCGCCACUUUUUCCCGACGAUGAUACAGCAGAUUCGAUUUGAGACUUCAAGACAAUAUUUUCCUUCAGAUGAGGAAGAUGAGCAACAUCGAAAACACAAAGGAGUGCAAUAGGACAAACAAAAGCCUCACUUCUACUGCAGCAACUUUCCCCAGUAACAGGAAACAUUUUCAGGAAUUUCCUUAAAGUUCUUUAAGGAAAUAUUUU